AUGGCUAGUGAGGAGAGUUUUGUAGUGUUGGUUCACCACAGAGGAUCGAUUAAGAGGAAAACACGAUCCGGUGUGAAGUUUACCGAUAAGAAUCCUCUCAGUAUUUUCAUGAGGCCUACGAUGAGCUGUGAUGACCUUGUUAAUUCUAUACUACAGAAACUUGGUCUGGAAGGCGUGAAACAGGUUAAAAAGUUUUUCUAUCGCAUUCAAAUCUUGGUGUUGCAAGAAAUCAUGAAGUAUGAUUGUUUCACGAUCGGGAGUGUUGAGGACUUGCAUGUCAUAUUUCAUUGUCGUCGGCAGUUUCCCAAAGUUAAGACACCAGAAUUAUUGGCGAAGUUGGUUGAUGUGGUAUCCAGCUCGGGGGGUUCGAACCGGAAUACUCCCACUGUAGGCACGGUAGCCGAUUCUAGCUCCAAACCUACUGGUGCAUCUUCCUCCGUCCCUGUGUAUGAACCUCCGGUCCAGCCUGUCGCCUCCCCUUCGUUCACUUUUGAUCCCAACGAUAGUGGAGGCGGCGAGGUUGGAAUAGGGGAUUUUGUGCCGACCUCUUUACAGUCUGCUGCACCGACUGAAAAUCCGAUCGUCAAUGCAUUGUUGGAUGAUCCAGACGAUAAUGAUGUGGAGCCGGAUAUCAUUGUUGAUGAUAGUGGUGAUGAUAUUGGAGCGAGUGAGCCUGCUGGGGCGGGAGACUUGGAUGCCAUGAGGCAAGAGGGGGUUCCUGGGGAGCCUGCUGGAUUUGGUGCUAGAGAUGGCGAAGUGUCUGCAGGUCUAACAGAGUUUCAGGUUGGUCAGCAAUUUCAGGAUAAAGAUGAGGUCGUGUUAAGUGUGAAGACGUACAGCAUCCGACGUGGGAUACAGUACAAGGUGGUGGAGUCUGACUAUCGCCGGUAUGUUGGGAAGUGUUUUGAGUUUGGGAAUGGGUGCACAUGGUUGAUUCGACUUAGUGUCCGGCAGCACAAGGGCAUUUGGGAGGUCAAACGGUAUAAUGGACCACAUACGUGUCUUGCAACCUCCAUCUCCAGCGACCACAUGAGUUUGGAUUAUCAUGUGAUCUCGGCAUUUAUCAUGCCAAUGGUUAUAGCUGAUGCAUCCAUCAACAUCAAGGUGCUUCUACGUACAGGAGGGUCUGGUUGGCGAAGCAGAAGGCCAUUGCCCACAUCUAUGUCCUUAGGACAAGCCCUGUUCGAGUUGGGGGAUAGGUGGACGAGUCGCAAGCUUAUUUUCACCGACUGUUCUGGACAUUUCCACCAUGUAUCGAGGCCUUCUGUCAUUGCAAGCCGUUGGUCAGUAUUGACGGCACCCAUCUGUAUGGCAAGUAUGGGGGAACGUUGCUCGUCGCGAUUGCACAAGACGGGAACUCCAACAUUCUACCUGUUCUAUUUGCACUGCCUGGUUGAGGGUGAGAAUACCGAGUCCUGGUCCUUCUUUCUCUCCCACCUGCCUACCUACCAUGCAUUCUACAUUCGACAUGAGGCAGCAAAUUUUGCCCUGACCUUCAAGGGCAAGGACGCAAGAAGGCUUCUUGUGAAUGCAGCAUAUGCUAAAACCGAGGUGGAGUUCAAUUACUGGUUUGAUAUUCUGCGGUCUGAAGACCCUGCCAUGUGUGAGUGGGCGAACCGGAUUGAUGGUCAGGAAUCUCCCUGUGUACUCGCUGGUGAAGCAACUUAUGGGAGGUUGGCCGAACUAUUCAUCUGUAAGGGGAGGGAAGCUGAGGCCCAGCUGCGUAGCAGACAACAAUUCAGUCAACACCUGGUGAAGUGUAUAGAUGCCAAUAUGAAGACGGCGAGGUGCUUCACGGUGACUUUGUACGACAGAGAUAACUCGGAGUUCACUAUCUCGGAGAUGACUCCUACUGAUUUGUUCUCACUCGGUAACUACAGGGUGUAUCGUCUUAGCUCCGUGUUCAGUGUGUACCGGAUGGGGUUCACACCUCCCAUUCCUGAGGGUUUCUGGCCAUCAUAUGAUGGGAUGACAGUGAUACCAGACCCCAACAAAAGGCGUGCGAGCAAGGGACGUCCCAAGUCCACCAGGAUACAGACUACUAUGGACGAGGCGGAUCCGAACAGGCUGAAGAGAUGUGGCUUCUGUCGGCAAUCAGGACACACACGUCAGGGUUGCCCACAGGUCAGAGGACCAAGUCACACGGGGGGGACAUGA